AUGCCUUCAGUUCACAUCUUGCGCCUUGGCUUAAGUCGGUAUGGAAGUGACAUGUUGAGUUGCGCCUUGGCUUUAGUUCAUAUAGCAUUGGCCCUGCUCCGAGUGAUGACCCUAGCAGAGUACCUGCUUGACUAUGUUCCACUUUACCCCCCACCGUCAACACCAUUCAAAAUACCUUCAAAAAUGCUGAUGUGGCAGGGUCAUUAUGGUAAAAGCACCCACGGUGGCCAACUGCUGAGCGUAGCCAACAUCCUAUGUGGUGUUUGGAGCAUGGUCCAAUUUUGA